AUGGCAAAGAAAAAGAACAAGCAAGCUGCUGCUGCUCCUGGUAGUGAGGGGCAGAAUCCGACCCUCGACGAAGCUUCGCAAACGCAAACACAACCUUCCACCACUGCGACCACAAAUUCAAGUACAAAUGGAGGUCAAAAGAAGAAGCCAAAAGCUUCCAGGGAAUUGCCCUCCGUAGCUUCUUCGCAGACACUUAACAUUUGCCGGAACAAGCAUUGGCGGUACAUAUCCUCCUACCAUGGACCUUGGCUACAGAUGCCCAUCGAGAUCCUCGAAACAAUUGCAAACAUCAACUACAACACCCCACGACCUCGUCCUAUCGACCCGGCCGUCCUGUUCGACCUGCUCAAGAUCCGCCGUCUCGUUGACGAAGCCACAAACCUCGCCGUGAGAGCUGCUAGUGACAUUGCCUCACCCGUUUUGACCAACGUGCAUGGCGGUUUGCCUGGUUCAUCGCCCAUGUCGAUGCUGGGCAUGAUAGGUCCAGGCCAUGGGAUGAAAUUGAGCCAGAAGCGCAAGUCGCAGAUGAGAGAGCAGGCGAGCCAGAAGCUUAGUCGUGCGUACCAUCUAGACGAAAUAGCUUGCAGUGUUGCGACAAUGCAGGGCGCAUCAACAAUAGAGGAAAUCGGUGCCGUUGUCUUGCAGCGUAACCCACAGGAUCUCGAUGCUAAAUAUGUGCAUUUCUUCCACGAGAAGAUCCCCUCCCGCCAAAUGGCCGAGUCUACCAGCUUAGAGUCAUUGACAGAGAUCAUAUCUGAGAAGCCCAACGAGAGCGAGGCUCUGCGCACUCGCGCCAUCGUCAGGACCUUCAAGGAAGAUUACGAGGGCGCUGCUUAUGACCUCACAGCCGCCCUUGCUGUGUGUCGAAUACAUCAGCAGCCCCAUCGGCCAAAUGAGGAAGCCAAUUCGAAGCUUUCGCAUACGGGUAAACGUUGGCGGCAGGAGGCUAUUCCAGCAGAAAAAGAUCAGCCGACUAGCUUAGAAAUCCAGCUGUGCUUCCUACGUGCCUCAGCGUACCUAUCGUGCGCCUGCCAACACAUUGAAGACGGCCUCUCUCUAGCUCAGAAGCAGAAUGGUCAUGCAGAUACAGACCAGUCAAACGGCAAAUCCAGUGCAGAAGCCAACGGCCAAGAUUCACAGGAGCGGGACGAAAACUCUCUUCGUAGACAGGCCGAGGCGCGAAAGCUUGUCAAGAAAUACGCAAAGUGGGCGCUCAGAGACUUGCUCGCCUUUCUGUCGCACUUCGAGUACGCACCCAACCUGCCAAACCUAAUCGUCAAGGAUUUCAAUGACCGCGUGAAUCUAUCUGCACAAGGUGCACGCAAUCCUCGACCAUCUGAAGCAACAUACCUUCUCGAGCCACACACCACGUACACUCUCGCCGAGCUCUUCGCCGCUAUCCCUCCCUCGGACCUGCCCCCUUAUCCUAAUGAAGAUGUCACAGCCCCUGACAAACAAACUCAGUCGUCAGAUAGCCCGAAAGUAUGCGAAGGGUCGAGUUAUCACCCUCUUAUGACUGAUGCUCUCCACUCACUUCUCCUUUGUCACUGUCUCAUCCAGACCUCAGCCAAAGAGCUCCAGCGCCACACUUAUAUGGCGGCACGACUGAUACGCCUAGCUGAUGGAUACCCAAUCUUCCAGGCGUGUCGCUCUCCAGCCCGGUCUGACUGGUUAGAAGUCCUCCGCCGCGCUGACGACAGCUGGCUCCAGCUUAGUGCAUCAUGGGACACUCUCUGUACGCCCGCACCACUUCCUUUCCACUACGAUCCCCUGCAACACAGUGCCACAAGUGCGAACACGGGCGCCUCUCGUAAAGAGGCUGCAGCAGCCGCCGCAUCUCUGAUUAAUGGCGGCUCAAGCACGGAGAAACCUGAGCCGAGCCCUGAGGAACUGCGCCGACAUCGCCUGCGCGAGCGCGACCAGCGGGUUCGUGUUGCUCUCAGUGACCAGAGAGUUUGCGAUGAGGAUACGUUCCGCGCAUCUAUUGAGGCUCAGGAGAAGCGUGCAGAGCAGGAAGACCGUGCUGCCGCUGUCGCCACGCCUAAUGGUGCAUCCAAUGCCGACGGACGUCCGAAGCGAUGGGUUGUUGACGACAGCGAAUUCUACCCCGUUUGUACCGCGAGGGCCACCAUGAUUGCUCAGUGGGUUUGCGAAGCACCCGUGGUCGCAAGCACCACAAGGCGCAAGAAGAGGACCAAGCGGCCCGAAGGCAAGACAGACACAUUGGCUGACUCUGCGAAGAAGAUGAGUCUUAAAGACACAGCAGCGACAUUAUCGUAA